UUUGUUUGUACUUUCAGUUUCCAUUCGUACUUCCAGGUUUUAUUUAUCUCUUGAACUUUCAGUUUCACUAUGGAUUUCCGGACCUUUAUCUUUGAGCUGUCUACUUAUGUUUGCUUGUAGAUCUGGAAUGUUAAUGCUUUGAUACAAAAAGAAUGACGUACCAGGCACCAAAUUACACACAGUCUGUAUCUUCAAUACUGUCAGAAGUUCUGGCUGAUAUUGGAAUGAAUGAGAAAAUAAUACUGAAGAGGAGAAAAUCACUUCUACUGAGGGAAUCUGUGGCAAGCCUCAAUAGUAAAGUUAAUGAUGGCAGUGGUCUGUUUUACUUUUUUGGCAGCAGAUCUGAAGGUACAACAACAUUGGAGCUUUGCUCAGACCUUGAUGUAGUUUACUGUUUUAAUGGUAUUACUGUUAUACAAGACUUGAGUGACUGGAUACCUGGUGGACUUAGUCUAUUAAUGAUUCAAGGUAAUUCAGUAUUACCUGGAUAUUGCUUUCUUCAAUUCAUAAGAUCAGAUGCACCUGUACCUGUUACAAGUGAAACUAAUGAAACCCUUUUCAAAGACAGAACAGGAAAAGCUCUUUUAAAAAAUUCUGGAAUAUUAAAUUUUUCCCAAGAAGGUGAAAUUAGACAUGGCCCUGCAAGUUCAAGUCAAGGACAACCUGGUUACUAUGAUAUGGACCAUGUGUUUACUCUUCAGUGUAAAACUUGGCCACAACAAGCUGAACAUUGGUUGGAUCAACAAGGUGAAGGUCAGUGGCCCUCUGCUGAAAUGAUGCAAUACUGCAGCAAUUCUGGAUGCUUUCUUGUUCCUGUUGGAUGUAGAGGUAGUGCCAAUGAGGAUGUAGAAUGGAGAAUAUCAACAGCUUUAGCUGAAAGGUGUCUUAUGUUCAAUUUAAAUAUUACACAGCUUAGAUGUUAUGUCUUGAUGAAAAUGAUUAUAAAAACAUUCAUAGAUCCUCAGUAUAAAGAUGUGAUUUCCAGCUACAUGUGUAAAACUGUACUCUUCCACUGUGUUGCCAAUUCACAUUAUAAUAUCUGGAAAGAAAAUAACUUACUUUCUUGCCUAUCGUUGUGUUUGCAACGCUUGCACGCCAGUGUCAGUAAUGAAAAUUGUCCACAUUUUAUCAUACCAGGGAACAAUUUGAUGAGGGGGAAGAUUUCACCUGCAGUCAAACCUUUUAUCCUGGAAGUACUCAACCAAAUUAUCAGCUGGGAAGGAGUGGCGCUUCUUGGAAUUAAAUGUGAUGGUCUUGGUAACAGGCUCUACCUUAAGUUUUAUAACUUAAGUCCAGGCCGCUACAAGAAGACAUGUGACAUAAUUUCAGGACAAAUACUGAUAAAUUUUGCUGCUACUUUAUUCAGCAUUUCAAUUCACAAAUAUAGCACUCCUGAAGAAGCUGUGCAAGGAUUAAAGAGCACUAUUUUAAGGAUACUCAGAACUAAACAUGAGGGACAGGAUACGACACCCUUCCUUUGUCUGGCACAAUGGUUCUGCACAGCACUUGGGUCUGUCCUUGCUUCGAUGAACAUAAAUAAAAACAACACUGUAUCAUCAGAUGCUCUCAAAAUCAUCUUAUUUGGACUGAAUACCGAUGUUGCAUCAAGUAAAUUGAAAUUAGCUUCAAUCUUAUAUUGUGCACAAGAAAUACAAACAGCUGAUCUAGUUCUAUGUGAGAUUGAAAGAGGCUAUGAUCUACAAAUUGUUGAGCCUGUCUGUAUGUGCUGUAUACAUGGUGCGACACCACUGAGACCAGGGUUCAAUGCAAUAUCUGAAAAUCAUUAUGAAGAUGCCAUACAGUAUGCUACAGCCUCAUGUGUUAGAUUCCAGGCAUGUGAAAUGCACUGUGUACCAAAUGAACUUAAAUUUGAAAUGUUUAGAUCUACCCAAGAGGACAGUGCAUUCCGUAGAGAAAUAGUCGAUGACUGGAUGAAUUUUGCUGUGGUUGAUUCCCUUCCUUACCUCUUCUUUCUGCAAUAUAAGGUAAACAAUCAACUUGGGAGAUAUGAAGACAAACAUACCGCCCUCUUCAAACUUCUUAGAACCAUUUACAAGGAGCCAAACCUGGGACACCGGGAAACAGCUCUUAAUCUUCUAGGAAAGUGUGUGGAACAAGAAGGCAGAGCGAGAGAAGCUUUAAUGUGCUACACAAUGUCUCUUAAAGAACGGUGGAGAAACAAUGCUGCAAAGAUUCACAUUUGUACUGUAAUGUCUGAAUUAGUAAAUGCAAGGGCAUAGAAUAAUUGAUAAGGUUGAAAAAAAAACUUACAUAAAAUAUGUGUUUUAUAAUUAAACUAUUUGGUGAAAUCUUUAACAAAUAUUACAUUUAAAGUGACUCUGUACCUUUUUUUAUUGGCAGCUAAAUUACCAGGCAGUAAAAGACAAACUAUUUUAGUUACAAUUAAUCCUUUCAUCAUUUUGUUUGUAAUGUUGUUGUUGUUGGUUUUUGUGAUCUAACCCCAACUUGCUGGAAUCUCAGGUGUACGGCCUUUUCCACCAGUAUAAAACCAGGCAAACGGUGAAAUCUGCAGUCAGACCAGGCUCUGUAUUGUGUGUAGCCUACAGUAUAUUGAUAAUUCAAAAACUUGAAUUGACUGUUUUAAAUUCAAAGAAGGCAGGGCAUAUCCAUUUCACAAAUUCUGCAGUUCAAGGGCUAAAUAAAAUGCAACACCCUCAUUGAAUAACCCAGAUAUCAGUAAAUAUAACUGCAAAUUUUGAUAUUUCAAAUAUUACACUUUGUCAAAAUGAAACACUAUUUAUUUCUAAGUCGCAAAAAUAAAAUAUCAAGUAGUAAUUCAGAGUGAAUUUAUUUAUUCAAGUUUUCAAUUCUCAUGUUAAAAAGUCAAUAUUACAUGUUGCUUCCCUACACAAAUCUAUAGUACAUACUGUAACUGUAUAGUCUUCGUUCAUGUGUCUAUAUGAACAUUUUUGUCUCAUUUAAGGGGGACGUUUUAUGUAUUUAUUUUUUUGCAAGGAUUUAACUCAUCUUUCUACGAUCAUUAUGCACCUGCUUCAAUGAAUAUCAUUUAAUUAAAAUUUUAUCCAUAGUGUAAAAUACAAAUGCACUGGUUAUGAAAUGGGAUAGUAUAAAAAUGAGUGUUGUGAAAAACUUGUAAGAAUAACACACUGUGACUUUGACCUAUUUUUCAAGACUAUUUCAUACUCUGUAUAAAUUUUGUCAUUGGCAUUUAUUGUUUUGUCAUUGCUAUUUGUUGAAAUUGAAAACCAAUCUGCUGAAAUUAAUAGUCACUAUCCUGGUGCAAAUCAUUUUGACUUCAAAUAAUACUCCUGAAUUAAAGUAUGCGCAAUAAGAGGGCAAUAACUCCAUAACUAUAUAAAAAAGUAAUGGAUCUUAAACACCACACUUACCUUAAAUGAGAUCAAUUUAGUUUAAAGUUCUAUUUUUACAAUACAGUCAGACAAAAAGUAUGCAUGAAAGAUAAUUAAAAAUGAAAAGAACAAUAGCUUCAAGCUCUACUUUGACCUGUUCUGUUUCAGGAGGGAAGGGUUACGUUAAUCAAAACUUAUUUAUAGUCAAAUUCUAAUCUCUGGCCACAGGGCAACAUUCAAGCUUAACAAGGGAAACCUUAUGCUUGAAAAGCUAGCUGGAUAGUUCUUCAUAUAAAAUAUCUAAAGCCUGGUGGAAUAUACUGUAUAGCCCCAAGAUGGUCAGUCUCAACGACUUUAUAAAAGGUUUGAUAUAAUUACAUGUUCCUAUUUUACUGUCCAAGUCGUCACAUAGAAUUUGAAAAUUCUUGUAGAAUUUGGACCAGUUCUUUCACCCUUACUCUACUCAAUUCUAAGCCCGUUUGAAAAACGGGUCGUAUUAUAGUUCCCUCCUGGCGGACGGGCGCGCCAUUUAAUUCUGUCCGUAUCUUAUCUUUUACACGCAUGGAGGAAUUUUAAUGAAACUUCAUAGAAAUGUUCACAACUAUGAGAAGGUGUCACGUGCAUGAACCAGGUCUCUAUGUCAAAGGUCAAGGUCACACUUAGAGGUCAUUAAAAACUUCUACAUAGAGUGAUUUUAAUAUAACUUGGCACAAUAAUGAAUUGUUCACCAUUGUUAGGUGUAGUGUCGCAUGCAAAAUUCAGAUCCCUGCGGCAAAAUUUAUUUAACCAAAGAUGACCCAUAUUCGAAUUUACCUAGAAAUCAUGAAAACAAUCUUUCUGACCAAUUUCGAGGAUAUUUGGAUCAAAAAUGUAGCAUCCAGAGUGUUAACAAAAUGUUCGGCUUCCCUGUUUCUGUACCCUUCGCUAUUACUUGGUAAGUCAAUUCCGAGAUUGACAGUAUCUCAACAGUUGUAUCAUCGAGAAUAUCACUCUCUAAUAAGUCAAGUUUAAUAUCUCUCUCUGGUCUUGAAACGUCAAAUGUAUCAGUGUCGUUUUCGCGAACGUAAUCACUAACUUCUUCUGACAUGGAGACAGUUGAGUUACAGAGUGUUUUUGCCACGAAAAGAUCGCUUAAUUUUCACUAUCGUCGAUUCCUCUUAGUUUCCAUAGACUCGUCCUCGAAACGGCAAAUAACACAAAUGAAACGAAGGUCAAGAUUUGAUACGGCUUCAUCGUAGUCUUGUUAGGCUUUCUUAAGGAAUUCUUUAUUUCUCUCUUUUUGCUCGGAGAUACCUGAAUAAGUAGUAUGUUUUAACAAAAAAGUAUGUUUUAACUCCAAACAAAACAUGUCCUUUUAUUAAUAAUAUUUUUUGUUUUAAGUAGUUUAUGUAUGAAGCUCAGAAGCAAACAAUAUAUAUUAAAAACGCAUUAUUAUUUUAUCAUUUUGACAAUUGUUUUUUAUCAUACUUCAUUUUAAGCAAAUCAUACCUGUGGUUGCACAUUUAAUAUGGUGUCAUCUUUGACACUUGUCACAUGUUACAGCAUGAGAAUUCCUUUAGAUACGUCUAAAACAGAAUGUACAAAGAGGAGCUUGCAUGCUUAUGAUUUUGUUAAUGUUCGUUUGUUUUUAUACUAUAUUAUGUAUGUGUUUUAAGCUGUGCAUACUCGUGUUUUUAAAUCUUUUAAAGUGGCAUUUAUCGCUCACAUUAAAUUGUGAACAAUCAUAUGCUUAAUUGCCGCCUUGUUUUGAAAUCUGCUCACAUUCUCAGAUAUUCAGAUAAUAAAAGGAA